AUGUCACUGAACGGGAUACUAGGAGCUGUAUGACAAGUGCAAUAUUGAAUGAAAUUACAAUGGAUCCGGGUGAAAUGGGUUUACUGUAGCGCGAUGGUUUUUAUUUUAAGCGACUAUGAUAUGGAACACCCAGACCAAAGCAUUAGGAACGGAAGUGAAGAACCAGGCUGCACCAUGGCGGCGGGCGUGAGUCUGCAGAACGACCUGCCUCCCUCCACCGCUGGAGCCGGGGUCGGGGAACACAGCUCCUCGGAGACGGACAUGGACACCCCAGUGAGCAGCAGGGUGCCCACUGCGAAGUACACCAAGGUGGGGGAGACCCUGAGGCACGUGAUCCCGGGGCACAUGCAGUGCUCCAUGGCGUGUGGAGGCAGGGCCUGCAAGUACGAAAACCCGUCCCGCUGGAGCAGCGACGAGCAGGCCGUCAAGGGCCUGUACUCCUCCUGGAUUACUGACAACUUGCUGGCUAUGGCAAGGCCUUCUACAGAAAUCAUUGAAAAAUACAACAUAAUCGACCAGUUCCACAGGUGCGGCCUGAGGACGGUAAUUAACCUGCAGCGCCCAGGAGAGCACGCCAGCUGCGGCAACCCCCUGGAGCAGGAGAGCGGCUUCACAUACCGACCAGAGGCCUUCAUGGAGGCUGGCAUUUAUUUUUACAAUUUUGGUUGGAAGGACUACGGCGUGGCCUCUCUCACAACAAUCCUGGACAUGGUGAAGGUGAUGUCAUUUGCAAUCCAGGAGGGAAAGAUGGCCAUCCACUGCCAUGCUGGGCUUGGAAGGACAGGCGUGCUAUUGGCCUGUUACUUAGUGUUUACUACCAGGAUGAGUGCUGACCAGGCCAUUUUAUUUGUGAGAGCGAAAAGGCCAAACUCCAUCCAGACCAGGGGGCAGCUGCUGUGCGUCAGGGAGUUUGCGCAGUUCCUGGUGCCCCUGAGAAGCGUGUUCUCCUGCAGCGAGCCCAAAGCCAACCCCGUCACCCUGUCCCAGUACCUGACCCGCCAGCGCCACCUGCUGCACGGCUACGAGGCGCGGCAGCUGAAGAACGUGCCAAAGAUGGUGCACCUGGCCUGCAAGCUGCUGCUGGACAUCGCUGAGGACCGGCAGGUGGUGGAGGACGAGAUCGUGGAGGUCCCGGACCUCACGGCGGAGGUGGAGAAGACCGUGUCUCAGCAAGCCCUCCAGCAGCUGGGCAAGGAGAUGAUGGGGAAGGGCAUCACCGUGCCCUCUCCGCAGCCGCCCGGCCUGGAGAGAGCGCCCUCGGUGCCGGCCCACGACGCGGUUCUCUGCAGCGACUACGACCUGGACCCUCUGUGGAGCCGGCAGAACGCCUGCCGCUCCAACCCUCGACCGCACCUCCGGAGGAGCCUCAGCUACAGCGAGUCCGACCUGCUGCAUCUGGGCGUCCGCGGGGUCCAGCCCUUCACCAACGCGCUGGGCAAGCAUUGCCUCUCUCAGGAGGACCUGCCAGAGGCCCACCAGACCUCCCCUGCUUCGCCCCUCGACGUGGCCAGCCCCGCCUGGGAGGAGAGGAAGUCGAGGUGGCCUCUGCUCGGCAGGAGAAGGCCCCUGCGGCACGGCCAGCGCAGCCUGUCCCUGGGCUCCGCGGAGAACACCAGGAACGCCGGCGAAAGGGAGCCCGCCCUGCCCUCCAUCGUUCUGCCCGCAGAACUCUCGCUGGACGCCCGAAGGCUGCUGGUGGCUCAAGCUCUUACCGUCGAUUUGGACAAGUACGGGGAGGAGUACAAACACAAGGUCUCCGACUGGCAGACAGAGCUCAACUCCAGGGAAGGAACCUGGGAGAGACUGUGCAUGGAGAAAGACCCCCGUGUGCUGGCUAGCCUGAUGUGGUCCUGGCUGGAGCAGCUAAAAGAGCCUGUUAUCACCAAGGAGGACAUCCAGGCCAUGGACAGGAAUCGACAAGCCCAGCAGCCAGCCCUCAACUCGAUAGACAAGGGCUCCAGGCAGACAUUGAUGUGUGUCCUUCAUUGUAUGGGACAUUUACUGACAAUACCUGAAGAAGUGGAGGAUGCAUUUCUUGCUCGGACAAUAAAAGCUUUCACCAAGAUCGUACUUGAUUCAGAAGAUGGGCUGGAUGUGUAUAGGACUCUGAAAGAGAUCCUGAAGCUGGUCUUGCAUGAAAUGAGAAUGAAAGCAAUAGAGGAGCCAGACACACCAUGUUCCUGUAUACUCCCAUGAGUUCCCCCCUCAGUGGAUCUGUCAGCUGGAGGGUCAAAUAAGGGUAAAGCAAAAUUACUGCAAUAUCAACUUUAUAUUUCAUACCGAACAUUUUACAAUAAUGAAUUAAUGAAUAGAUCAAUUCAUUUUAUUUUCCUCUGCUGCUACUUCAAUGUACUUUUCUAAUAUAUUGUUACUGUUUUAAAGAACAUGUUUUAAGACGUGAUGUGAUCUCUGCAUCAAGCUGUUAUUGUUUCAAACUACUGUACUUGUAUUUUUUAACUGCCAUAUGUUUUUGUGCCAUGAAGCAAAGUUAAGCAUUUAAUUGAACUGUCCUUAAAUAUUUCAACAGUGUCUUUGGGAAAGUCAUCCUGUUGUGUUUUGAAUUAUAUACUAAUUAUGUAUAUUAUUAAUUUACUGUAUAUGUUUAGUUUCUAUUUAAUAUAUUUUACUGUUUGCAAGUUGUUGAAAAUCACAUGUAAAAGAAAGGAUCCUCAUUUGAUGAGUGACAUCACUAUGAGCACAGGAAACACCUUUCUCUAUACUAUUGAAUUUAAACCAAAAAGAUUUUCACUGUGCAAAGCUGAAUUCAUCCUGACAAAUAUUUAAAAUGUUUUAUUUAUUGAAUUGUUCUUUUUUUCUUUUUAUGAAAAUUGAACUGAACUGAAUACUUUCGACAAAACACUUGAGAAAGCAAAUAAAUGCAAAUUAUGACUUUAGGGUUUGACAUGAUCUGUUUAUGAGAUCUGAACUAUUUAGAUUAAAAUGCAAGAUUCCUAUAAAACUUGUAAAAUAGUGGAUUGGUUAACAGCAUUACCUAAAUCAGCAUUGCAUUUUGUCUUAACACAUCAGUUAUAUAAAAAAACAAAAAAAAGACAAAACGUAAUACUGCUCUUCAAAUUUUUAUAUUUAUGUUUUUUACGUAUGACUACGGUUUAGAACUUUGUCUUUAGACCGAACUAAUAUAUCAUUGUAUCCGUUUGAUGUUUAAGUAUAGUCCCCUCCAAAAGUAUUGGAACAGCAAAGCCAAUCCCGUUGUUUUUGCAAUACACUGAAUACAUUUUGGGUUGAGAUAAAAACAUGAACACAUGUUCAGAAUUUCAGCUUUUAUUUCCUGGUAUUCUCACCUAGAUGUGUUAAUCUACUGAAAAACAUUGCACUUUGGUGUCAGACCACACAAUCUUUAGGAGAACAGAAAUAUUGGAACAGAGCAUAUUUAAGUAAAUUAAAGUAAAUAACCCUUAAUAUUUGGUAGCAUAUCCCUUACUUGCAAUAACUGCAUCAAGCCUGCAACUCACUGACAUCAUGCUUGUGCAAUAGCUCUGAUCGACUUCCCUUCUUUUCUAAGCUUCUCCCAAAUACUAACACAAAUGCAGUCUUCACAGGCUAAAGCCAAGAGUAGACAUUCAGAACUAUUUAUUGUUUAACCAAUCAAUCUAACAAAAAACACCCGUCAGUCACAUGUUCCAAUACUUUCGCUCACCUAAAAAUCUGGUGGUCUGAUACAAAAGGUGACAUGUUUAAGUUUAACAAAUCUAGAUUAAAUUACCUGCAAAUAAAAGAUGAAAUUCGGAUCUGUCAUCUCAUGUACUGAAACACAUUUGUCUUCAGUGUAUAGCAAAAACGAAUUGACCUUGUUGUUCCAAUACUUUUGGAGGGGACUGUAUAUUGGAAAGAGAAAUGUGUAUUGCCUAUAAAAAAGCACUAUGGAUCAUUGAGCACUGUAGCCUUUGAGAACCCAGGGUUCUGAUGCUGACCUCUUUCUCGCUUAUAGUGUGCAUCUGGUGAAGGUCCAGACAAAGCACACAAGCCUAAAAAUUGUUCACACAUUAUGUGAAGGGCUCUUUAUUAUCAAUAUGCCCUAGUUUGCCUGAAUUUCAGAUGUUGUGAUGACAUUUUAUAUUACAUAUUUCAUUUCACCUGCACAUUUUCAAGGAUUAUAUUUUUGCAUUAUAUUCCUUGGUGAUACAUUAAAUGUUGUUGAUGUGAAAACCAAA